AACUCAAAACUCUUGGGACCUCCCCAGUACAUUAUGUCAGCUGUCAAGAACACCAAAUUCAUAUCUGCAGUGUUCCUUCUCACUGGGAUACCUGGGCAGGAAGACGUCCAUCUCUGGAUCUCUGUCCCCUUCUGCUUAGUGUAUGUUAUUUCAAUAGUAGGAAAUUCAGUCAUUCUGUUCAUUAUAAAAACAGAUCUAAGCCUCCAUGAGCCUAUGUAUAUUUUCCUUUCCAUGUUGGCCGUCACAGACCUUGGCUUAUUAUUAUCCACCAUACCAACAAUACUGGGCUGUUAUGACAUGGGCGUCUACUUGUUUAAAUGCAGGGAGAUCAGCCUUGAUGCCUGUUUUGCCCAGCUGUUCUUCAUCCACGCAUUUCAAUUAGCUGAAUCCGCCAUACUCUUGCUGAUGGCCUUUGACCGCUUUGUCGCAAUCCGGGACCCGCUGAGAUAUACUUCCAUCUUAACCCUGCCAAGAACAGCCAAGAUGGGACUGGUGUUUGUUAUAAGAGGAGUGGCCAUAGUAUUCCCAGUCCCCUUUCUCCUGAAACGGUUCCUAUACUGUCGAGCCAAUGUCCUCUCCCAUUCCUACUGCCUGCACCAGGACGUCAUGAGGCUGGCUUGUGCGGAUAUCACAGUCAACAACAUCUAUGGCUUGUGUGUUAUGCUCUUAACGGUGGGGUUGGACUUGCUGCUCAUUUUCCUCUCUUACGUGAUGAUCCUCAAAACAGUGCUGAGCAUCGCAUCCCAAGCGGAGUGCCUCAGGGCCCUGAACACCUGCAUCUCCCACCUCUGCGCCGUCCUGCUGUUUUACACGCCAGAAAUUGGCCUGACUGUGAUACACAGUUUUGGGAAAAACAACUCAUUACCCUGGCUUCAGGUUCUCCUGGGAUACAUCUCCCUGCUGGUCUCACCCCUGAUGAACCCGGUCGUGUACAGUGUGAAAAGCAAGCACCUUCGUGCGAGGAUAAUCAGGGUGUUCAUGAAGUGA